CACAAGAACACACUUUGAUUUUAGGGUCGAUCUUUUAUUCAUACAUGAUUACAUAAAUGGUAGUUUUGAAUGUCAGUGAACUUGCGCAUGCAAAUAAGGUAUUACCCGGUAUGCGCGCAUAAUGUUGCGCAGAAACGCUUAAGUUUACCGUCCUGUUUUUCCCUUUUCCUCUUCACUCCUGUGAAAGGCUUUGACCCUGCAGCUUCUCUCCUCGGCUCCAAAACACCAGCACUAAACAUGUCACCCAGGGUUGCUGUCGUAACAGGUGGUAACAAGGGUAUCGGUCUUGCCGUCGUCCGAGCCCUCUGCAAGCAGUUCCAAGGAGACAUUUACCUCACUGCCAGAGAUGUCGGUCGUGGUCAGGAAGCAGUGCAGUCUCUGUCCUCAGAGGGACUGAAGGCCAUGUUUCACCAGCUGGACAUCAACGACGUGAACAGCAUCAAGACAGCUGCAGCUUACUUCAAAGCGAAGUAUGGAGGACUGGACGUCCUCAUCAACAACGCCGGGAUCUUAUUCAAAGAUGAAGACACGACUCCGUUUGCUGUCCAGGCCGAGGUGACCCUCAAGACAAACUUCUUCGCCACCAGAGACAUGUUGACUCACUUCCUGCCGCUCAUCAAAGCUGGAGGUCGUGUGGUGAACGUCUCCAGCCUUUACAGCUCCAUGGCUUUGAAUAAGUGCAGCCCGGCCCUCCAGCAGCGCUUCCGCAGCGAGGACAUCACAGAGGACGAGCUGGUGGGACUGAUGCAGCGGUUUGUUGAUGAAGCCAAGAAAGGAAAUCACAAGGAAGACGGCUGGCCCGAAACAGCAUAUGGAGUGUCUAAAACUGGACUGACGACCCUGUCCAUGAUUCAUGCUCGGCGUUUGUCCAAGGAGAGACCGAAUGACGGGAUCUUGCUGAACGCCUGUUGUCCAGGAUGGGUGCGCACCGACAUGACCAGUGCCAAAGCCACAAAGUCACCAGAUGAGGGCGCCAUCACUCCGGUUUAUCUGGCCCUGCUGCCACCCGGAGCCACAGAACCUCAUGGAAAGCUUGUCUCCGACAAGGAAGUUCAGCCGUGGUGAAAAGGGUUGAAGUGUCUGAGUCUUUCCGAGUGUCCAAAAACAAAUGCACCAAAUCAAAUGAUGAUUUAAUAAAACCGAACUCCAUCAGUAUAUGUUUUCCUUUGCCAAGAAUUUAUAUAUCGUUUGCAAGUAAUAAGUAAACUUGUCAUAACUGGUUGAAGCUAAAUCUUGAAAUAAGAAAAACAAAAUGACACGUCACUGAUUUCAUGUGAUAACAAUUAAUGAACAUCAAAAUGAAA